UCACUCCUUUUCUUUCCAAACAGGGAAAAGUGUUUCACGAAGCGGUAGCUUCUUUCCGCCUCUCCUUUUCCUUCCUAACCUUGGUCCCAGCUCCUGUCCAAGCGCUAGCUGGUGGGGCGCGCGCUGGAAGCCCCUCUGCGCCCGGGAGCGCGGGGCGCGGGGCCGCUUCCGCGGCGGCACAUGGCCGCAGACACCCAGCGCGCACCCCGAGGCGCCGCGCCCAGUUCGCCCGAGGUCCGUCAGCUGCGCCCCGCCAUCCCAGGCAGCGGCUAAGCCGGGAGGUGCUCGCCCCGGGCAUCGGGAUGACCCUCCUCCUCCUCCUCUGGCUAGUUUCCUGCUAUGUUGGAACCUUGGGGACUCACACUGAGAUCAAGAGAGUGGCAGAGGAAAAAGUCACUUUGCCCUGUCAUCAUCAACUGGGACUUCCAGAAAAAGACACCCUGGAUAUUGAAUGGCUGCUCACUGACAAUGAAGGGAACCAAAAAGUGGUAAUCACUUACUCCAGCCGUCAUGUCUACAAUAACUUGACUGAAGAACAGAAGGGCCGAGUGGCCUUUGCUUCCAAUUUCCUGGCAGGAGAUGCUUCCCUGCAGAUUGAGCCUCUGAAGCCCAGUGAUGAGGGCCGGUACACCUGCAAGGUGAAGAAUUCAGGGCGCUAUGUAUGGAGCCAUGUCAUCUUAAAAGUCUUAGUGAGACCAUCAAAGCCCAAGUGUGAGUUAGAAGGAGAAUUGACAGAAGGAAGUGACCUGACUUUGCAGUGUGAGUCAUCCUCUGGCACGAAGCCCAUCGUUUAUUAUUGGCAGCGAAUCCGGGAGAAGGAGGGAGAGGAUGAGUAUCUGCCUCCCAAAUCCAGGAUUGACUACAACAACCCUGGACGUGUUCUGCUGCAGAAUCUUACCAUGUCCUACUCUGGACUCUACCAGUGCACAGCUGGCAAUGAGGCUGGAAAGGAAAGCUGUGUGGUACGAGUCACUGUGCAGUAUGUACAAAGCAUCGGCAUGGUUGCAGGGGCAGUGACAGGCAUGGUGGCUGGAGCCUUGCUGAUUUUCCUCUUGGUGUGGCUGCUAAUCCGAAGGAAAGACAAAGAGAGAUACGAGGAAGAAGAGAGACCUAAUGAAAUUCGAGAAGAUGCUGAAGCCCCGAAAGCCCGCCUUGUGAAACCCAGUUCCUCCUCCUCAGGCUCUCAGAGCUCACGCUCUGGUUCUUCCUCCACUCGCUCCACAGCAAAUAGUGCCUCACGCAGCCAGCGGACACUGUCGACUGAAGCAGCACCCCAGCCAGGGCUGACCACCCAUGCAUACAGCCUAGUGGGGCCAGAGAUGAGAGGUUCUGAACCAAAGAAAGUCCAUGUGACCCUGACCAAAGCAGAAACCACACCCAGCAUGAUCCCCAGCCAGAGCAGACCCUUCCAAACUGUCUAAAUUAAAAUGGACUUUAUUCCCAUGCUUUCCUAGGAGCCAAGAUCUUAGGACUUUUCUAGUCAUUGAAGCUCAGUCACCAGCCACACAACCCCCUCGAACCAGAUGAGAGGUCACUUACAUAGCAAUGGGCAUUGCAUGGAACAGAUUCUAAUGAGCACUCUCCUUAUAUGACACCAAACAAGAAAAAAGAUGUAAGCUGACCAUCUCCAAAAGGCAUCUCAUUGUGCCUUUAGACAAGAGUGGGAAAGAACAGGGAUCCAAAUUUGUGUAUUUAUUGACUAGGACCUGUGGUGAGAAAGGUUGGGAAAAGGGAAAGUGAACAUAUGUUAAAACUUCUCGCCUGAGAUGUUUUGUAUCAAUACUUCGAGUCGCCAUUGUCAAGAAGAAAUGAGAUGUUGUUUAUAAAUUUUCUAUGAAUUUCUGCAAACCUAUUGGAUUGUGAUUAUUCAGUCAAGCAGAACCCACAGCCUUAUAUUACACCUUUUUGCACCAUGUACUGGGCUUACCACUUCUGAGAAACUCUAAAAAAGGAAACACAUCUUCUGUUCUGACUUCAUUUACCAUAAGGUUUGAAUAUUAAUUUCAAGAGUUGAAACAGUGGCAGAUGGAGAAUAACUGAGUUUCUCACAUUCUAUCCACCACUGAUUUCUCUCUACUUGUAUUGAACCACAAGAGAACUAAAAAAGGAGUCCAAAAUGUGUGACAAGGGACUAUGAAAAACUUUCCAUCUUAAUGAUGUUCAGAGGGUCAUUGACGAAUAUUAGAAAUAUGUACUGGAACAAUUGUGGAUUUCCUCUCAAAUCAGACAUCUCUAAGGACUUCCCUGCUGGAUAUCUCUGAAGCAAGAAAACGUUCACUGCAAGUCAUUUAACAACGUCCUUAGAUGCCUUAUAGUGAAAUAGAAAUUUUUUGAAGAUGCUUACAGAUCACCUGAUGUACCAUUAUAGUCUUUUUGAGAACAUACAAAACCAGAAUUCCAAGACUGAUUAGAAUGAAAAGGGAAAUUAGAUCAAUUUUCUUAUAUGUCACAGAGCAGUAUAAGGAAGUUUAGAACUGCACCAAACUUGGAGUUUUCUUCAUUUCUUCCAUUUUAGGAGAAGGAUGUGAACCUAGGACUUUUGAUGGUUCUAGGCCUUAAAUUAUCAGAAAGAUCAAGGAUUGUCAAUAUUUCCUAAUGGCACUGCAAGUAUGUCAAAAUCCUUCCUGUUUGAGAAGUUGAGAGAGAGAGAGUUCAGUAUUUCACCAGCUUAGUCUCUAAUGAAGUCUAGCUAAGGGCUGGAAGGAAAUGGAAUUAACAUUUAAGGACGAUAUAGUGAGAAUAACUAGUGAGUGGCAGGAGAAGUCUAGGUUAGUGCCUGUUAACAUUUUGUCAGCAUCUUGGAAAAAAUUUGCAGAACAAUUCACCAGGAUAGCUUUCAGAAGAGCUGAUUCAUGGGAAAAUAUGUCUGAGGGAGAAAAACAGACUUCAAUAUCUUGCCUUUUUAAUAGUCUUGACUAUUCUGCUAAUCAAAUUCAUCCUACGGCAAGAAUUCUAAACCUGAAAUAGCCCUUCAAGGACCCUAGUACAAAUGUCUACAGAUCACCAUUGGUAGAGCAAAAGAUUUAUUAAAAGGGCAGCAGGCUAUA